AUGUGUGACGGAUUUAUCAGCUUGGUCAAAGAUGAAAACGAUAACUGCCAGGUGGAAGAAGAUCUUGAGAGUUCCAAAGAAAGUAAGAUGACAUCGUUUGAAUUAACUGUGUGCAUUUUUGAUUGAAUAAAUCAUGCGUUUUAGUACAACUUUUAAUUGUGACCAUUAAAAGCGGAUUGAUCCAUUCGCAUUCUUUCAAAAUGUUUUUUUUUUCAAAUUGUUCAAUUUGUCUAAUUCUUGUCCUUCAGCUUUUUCAGCUCCUGAAAAUGACCAAGAUGGCGGUUCAGACACUGAAUUGUCGAUUUCCGUGGAAAGAUAUCAAAGCUCGGAAAUCGUCAAGAAAUACAGGGUAUCUUCUAACAACUUUUCCCCCCACAGUCUAUUGAUCUUUUCUCUAACCUUUCAGCUCACUGGAAUUGGAGCAAUCGUUGCUGAAAUGCGCGGUGUCAAGGUUUUCCAGUGGAAGAAAAAUUUUCUAGAAUUUUGAUUACAGAAAACGGUUAAGCAUGAGAGAAUUGUCUUGGACGAGAAGGGGAGAGUGAUAAAUAAUCGAAUUUGCAAAGCGAAAAUCGGCACCGUCUCGACGGAAAAUGAGUCAUUUCUGGAUCAAGCGUUUUAUGGCGGUUUAGUUUAUUGUGAAAUUGCUUGCUGGGUGUUGAGAAAGCUCAAAUUUUAACUGAAAAUAAUUUUCAAGAAAAGAGUUUUUUUUUUAAAAACAAAACUGUAGAUUCUCCAGACACAUGAUCUUUUUAAUUUUUUUUUUCGAAAGGAGGCCUUUAAUUUCGUUUCUCGAUUUUGUUAAAGUUACCAGGGACCUGCUCUCGGUGAAUAGGGAUUUUUAUAUGCUUUUUUCCUCGAGAAUCAGCGAAUACUUUAACAAGAGUUAGUCAAUUUUUUUACAUAAUCAUCAUUCCUUGUUAGCGGACACUUUUUUUUUUGUUUUUCUCCACCACUCCAGCAAGCUUUUUCGAUGCAAUUUUAUUUAUUGAUUCUUGAGUCAUUUCGAAUUGAUAUCUAGGUUCCAACUACGGUCAGCCGAUGUUGCUAAGCUCCGAAAUGGCGCCCCUGCCAACUUUGGACGUUAACGAACUUCGUAGACUUGUUCGGAACAAAAUGGUCCGCUGCAAGGCGAGUCCCGUUCACUUUUUUCUUUAUUUCUGAUACCAAAACCAUUUUUAGAUAUGCAAAAACAGAUUCGGCGAAGUGAACAUAAUGGAAAGACACAUGCGGGACCAUCAUCCCAAGGUCUACGAGGAGUAUUUGGUGGAGCAAGAGCGUCUCAACCACGAAAUGAUGUCAGAAUCAUCGAUCGAUUAUGCAAUUGGAAGUUUUUCAGUGAGCGGGACAAGGAAAGAACGAGAAUCGAAGAAAUUCUGAGCGGCGGCUUCAUUCCUCCAGAAGGGGAACUCGACGCUGAAAAUCAGGAUUUUGACAUCGAGGAGUCCGUUUUUUGAACUCAAUUUGAGGCAUAGUCGAUGCAUAAUGAAGACUCUGCUCCCGAAAAAUUCUGAUAUCUCUGAUGCAUUUGAAAGUAUUAUGUUAAAAGACGUGGCGUUUUCAAAUUUUUCUUUUUGUGGCCGUUUUGUUGACGGCUUUUCAGAAAAUCGCAGAACUUUUUCAUCGAUUGGAAAUUUUGAAAAAACUUUGAUGCAAUGGAUAUUUAUAUCUUUAUGAUUCAUCAAUGCAUUCCGUGUUAUUUUUGGGAAAGAGAAAACCAAAAUAUUUUAUCUUGAAAUUGAUGAUAAUCACGAGGUUUUGCGAAUAAAAAAACAGAAAAAAAUAGACCAAAAAAAUAAAAGAAUACAAAAGUCUCAUCCAUCUUUAUUAUUCGGUGAACAGAAAAAUUUUUUUAGUCUCUGGUUUCAAAAAAAAGUAAAAAGUGUUUGGCCCGUUUAUUUUGCUCAUCGGAAAAAAAAAAUUAAAAUUUUAAAAUUUUUAAAUAGUUAGAAAAUCAAAAAUCCUUUUUCUUUCAUUUUUUUGUUCUUGAAUUUGGAGUUGAUAAGUGAAUUUUUUGCAAAAAAAAAGAGAAUUAUUUUUCAGAAUUCCUCUUCCUGGCGAAGAUUCCAAUGGCUACGUUCCGCGUUUCAAUCAAUAUGGAGGCUUCGAGAAACCGUCGCUAAUCGUUCAUCGUCGAGUUCCUUUUGUUAAAAAAGUUUGAAUCGGAAAAAAAUGUUUUUGAUUUAAGAUUUUUCAGCGAUCUCCGCAAUGUCCAUUCUGUGACAAGCGUUUCCGCAACGAAAUCUCCUUGAAAACUCAUAUUCAGAAGGUUUCCCUUGAAGUUCAAGUUUAUACAUAAUUGAGAGAAAUUCAGAAACAUCCGACUUGCAUGGAAUUCGUCCAAUGUCUCGAGUGCUUCAAAUGUCUCCCCAGCAAGGAAUAUUUAUCGGACCCGAAGGCUCACGAAUGCGAAAUGGUUCUCGAUUCAAAUGAUUUUCUCAUCUCUUCUUUUUUCCCAAGACUUAUCUCUGCUUGGACUGCAAGCCUAUCAGGAACUUGUGCACGGAGGAUCGUCUCUGGAAACACAAGAAUAAGUUCCAUCGCGGUCCGAAUUCUGGUUUCAGGUGAUUGUGUGAAAAAUCAGAAAAAAAGAAUCGAUGUGAGAAUGAAAGUUGAAGAAAAUCCCUUUCAUUGGCUUUACAAGAUUUAAGUUUGAAAAAUAAUUUGAAAAAGAAGUUUUAUUAAAUGCUAUCAACCUCUCUGUGAUCUUUCGAACUUCUGUAUACUUUUCCAAACUAAAAAACCUUUUUUACUAAUUAUCACAUUAAAUAGCAAAAAAAGCGAAGUCAGAAAUUUCGGAAAACAUAUCAAAUAUUAACUUGAUUUUAACGGAAUCUUAUGAUGUUUCAUCUGAAACUUACUUUUGAUGCAAUUUUUUACAUUUGAUGAAUUCUUAGAAGAGAAUUUUGAUGAAAGUUUUCAAACGCCAAUUUUUCAUUUCUACCCAAUUGAAAACCCGUUAUCAUAUGUUUGCAUACUCUCCAACUUUUUGCAGAUGCAACGAAUGCAACUUGAAGUUCCUGACACCCAGAAAAUUGAGGUAACGGUCUUGAUUGAAGGCCUCUCCCGAAAUCAAUUUGUUCUUCUAGGAAACAUCGCAAGAUGACACACGUUUUUUCGAGAACUUUUCAAUGUCACUUUUGCGAGGAAUUUUUCAUCAGCGAAACGGCGGUGCGUUGAUUGUGCUCCGAUAAUAAGGGUCAACGGAGGAAUGAAUAAAAAUUGUAAAAAAAGAAAGCGGUCCUAACCGAAUUUUUUUGAAACCCAGUAAAUAAUGGGAGAGGAGGGAUUAAGAAAUGAGGGCCAGCUGGCCCCUGAAAUCUGGAAAAAAAUUUUUCAAAGUUUUUCAAUUUUAUUUCAACGAGUUUUGAAAAAUUUUUUUCAAAUGCUUUUCCAUUUUUUUCAAAAAAAGACUUUUUUUCACUCAAAGGAGAGAGGGUCAUGAAUCUUUUCGAAUACUCAAACCUGAAGGGAAUUUUUUUAUAGAGGUUCAGAAUAGAUGAAACUCUUAUAAUUGAAUCUAUAAAUUCUAUUCAAUUUUGGCAAAAUCCAUUUUUUCUCAAAAAUAAGCUCUAUUUUUGAUUAUUAUUUUUCUCACUUUUCAUUUUUUUUUCUCGAUCUUUCACUUUUCCAUUUCUUUCAAUCAAUCUGCAAAAUUCUCAGCUGACGGUACAUGAACGUAUCCACACGGGAAUCCUGAAAUUUCGAAUGCGUGGUCUGCGACCAGAAGACUAA